AUGAAUUGGCUCGGCCUCCUCGUCCUGCUCACCGUGGCCGGGCUGGCACAGGGGACAUGGGACAACUGUGGAGGGACCUGUGGGCUCCGAGCUGUGCCAUCUGCCUACCACCCUAUGACUAAUUACUAUGGCAAUGUCAUUGAUGACAUAACACGUGUCGUGGGUGGUGCAGACGCACUGCCAGGGGCCUGGCCAUGGAUGGUCAGCAUCCAACACCCCAGGAUACAAGACCUGAGGCAUCUGUGUGGAGGGACCCUCAUUAGCCAUCAGUGGGUUCUCACAGCAGCUCACUGCUUCGACAAGGUCACGGAUAUCAGCAUGGUGUAUGUGGUGAUUGGAGCCACCCAGUUGACUCAGCCAGGCUAUGGGGUACAAGUGCGCCAUGUCAAGCAGGUGCUGAUACACCCGUACUACAAUCCUGAUGACAUGAGCUAUGAUAUUGCCGUGAUGGAAUUGGACCAUCCUGUCCAGUGCAGCCCCUACAUCCAACUGGCCUGUGUGGCUGACGCUACACUGAGAGUGUCAGAGCUGCAAAACUGCUGGAUUGCUGGAUGGGGUUCCACCGCUGCUAGAGCUCAACAAUCAAGCGAUCACCUUCAGGAGGCCAAGGUCCAGCUCAUUGAUGUCCAGCUCUGCAACAGCAGUGAGUGGUACGCAGGGAAAAUCCACACCCACAACUUGUGUGCUGGUUACCCAGAGGGCAACAUCGACACCUGCCAGGGUGACAGCGGUGGUCCUCUCAUGUGCCAAGAGAAAAACAGUGACUACUGGUUGGUCAUUGGUAUAACCAGCUGGGGGAAAGGCUGUGCCAGAGCAAAGCGGCCUGGAGUCUACACCUCCACUCAGUACUUCUAUAACUGGAUCCUGUACCAGAUGAGCCUUAGCCCAGAUGGAAAUUCCCCUCCAACAUCACGGGCAUGUAGUCAUUAUCUGACCACUUCACACCUCUGGAGUCAUUAUAUUGCCACCCCACAACCUCCUCAGAAGCCACUGCAAAGACCAACCCCCUCUCUGAAACCAAUACCGGUACCAACAGCACUGGGCAAAAUUAACUCCUGCCCAUUUCCUAUCAGGUUUCUGUUGGAAUUCUUUACUCGAGUGAAGAAAAUCCUCGAGCAGAUCUUUGGGCAAAGCACAUCUUAA